AUGGGUAUAAUGGCUAUGGGCGAGCAUGAUGAGAAGAGCGAUAACGGAGAGGGAGAAGAAGGCGGGUUCUGCGUCUGGGACAAGAACUUCGGCAAAGUGCUUAAAGUGACGAGUAAAACGCCGGACGGGUGUCCCGUCGCGGGGCUGCGUAUUGCGCGCGCGGAUCUAAGACGGACGCUGGUGGAUGCUGUGGAGGGACUGCCGGGUGUGAGUAUUAGGUGGGGUGAAGGGAUUACGUCUGUGACCUUGGGCGGUUCGACGGCGAAGGGGGAGAACGACUUCCAGAUUACGACAUCGAAGGGGAAUGUCGUCCCGUGUACACUGCUUGUCGCGGCGGAUGGGUCCAGCUCGAAACUUCGCGAGUUCCUCCGCCCGGAUGACGGACUGCACUUCGCUGGCCCAACGUGCAUUUAUGGCGUUACGUCUAUCCGGAAACACCACCCUUCGAAGCGCCACGAUGAGUUCGGCGCCGCGAUAUCAGGCACGGGGACGGCGUGUUUCGUUGCGCCCGUCGAUCGGGAAAAGAUGAUGUGGUCUCUCUCAUGGAUCGUUCCCGCCCCUCCUACGCCCAAGAAACGGCCUUUGAGCGAAGAAGAUGCUGAUGCUUUGCUGAAAGAGGCGAGGGAGAAGGGCAACGUAUUUGGGGAGAAUUACAGGGAGAUGCUGCAGGACACGGAGGUGGAGAGUCUAACGCAGUUCAAUGCGAUGGACAAGCAGCCUUUUGUGCAUUCAGGGGCGUACAUCACCGCUCCGGGUCUUGAGAACCUGAACGGGAGGAUAAUCUUUCUAGGAGACGCGAAUCACGCAGUCUCGCCGUUCGCGGGUAACGGGGCUAAUCUUGCACUCAAGGACGGAUGGGACUUUGCGGAAUCUUUGGCGCACAGUGAGUCUCUGGAAGAAGCGAUUGGGAAGUAUGAUGUGCUGGCUGUUGGGCGUGCGAAGCAAGUUAUACGCAUCAGUCACUUUAGUAUCAUGGUGAUGCACAGUAAGGGAUGGAUGCUGUGGGUCUGGUACGUAUCUCCUGGGAAUUUGUGGUAA